GACGUUACUGUGGCAUCGCAGAUAGAAGGAUGCUUCCACUGUCCUUGCUGAAAACGGCACAGAACCACCCAAUGCUGGUGGAACUCAAAAAUGGUGAAACUUACAAUGGCCACUUGGUUAGCUGUGAUAACUGGAUGAACAUCAAUCUUCGAGAAGUUAUUUGCACAUCAAGGGAUGGAGACAAAUUCUGGAGGAUGCCUGAAUGUUACAUCCGUGGCAGCACCAUCAAAUACCUGCGCAUUCCUGAUGAGAUCAUCGACAUGGUGAAAGAAGAAGUGGUCUCCAAAGGCCGUGGCCGUGGUGGGAUGCAGCAACAGAAGCAGCAGAAAGGACGUGGCAUCGGUGGCACUGGGCGAGGAGUAUUUGGAGGCCGUGGCCGAGGAGGGGCCCCAGGAAGUGGCCGAGGACAACAAGAAAAAAAGCCAGGGAGACAAGCAGCGAAGCAGUGAGAAGCUGAACUGUGGCCAGGAAGUGCUCGGCGCCCAAAUGCUGCGUCAUUGGGACAGAUUGGUUUGCUGUCUCCUCUUAACAAAACAAAGUUGUAAUUUUUUUUAAAAAAUGUGAAUAACUGGGACAUUAGACAUCUUAGGAGGGUUUACAGGUGUUCUACCGCUCAAGCACGUAGUUCAUCUUCUGUUUGAGUGGGCGCUGAUGGAGAGUGCUCAACUGGCUCCCCUCUCCUUGAAAUUGCUACGGUAGCCAAGUUCACAUUUUUGAAAUUGGAGCGAUAAUGUGCAGUUUUUGUGUGAGCAGUUUCAUUCUAAUUGAUAAACCAUGAAAAGCAUUUAAGCAAGCAAAAAAAAAACUUGAUUGUGUUGUGCGGAAGAUUUGCAAUCCUGGGUUCUCGGUAGCCAAAGUUCCCAGAAUUUAGCAGCUGGAGAGUGAAUGUUGUUUUUUCCUCCUAGCUGAGGAGAAGAAUUAAAAGCAAUGAAACAGCUUACCUCGCAAUCUUUUUAUUGCCUUGCGAGAUCAUUUUUUUUAAGGAUUGGACUACUUUGAAGAGGGAAUUAGCUCUAGAACAACUUCACCUUUCAAAAGUUUACUUUUUCACCCAGUUUCAGAAAUGAUACCUUCAGUGACUUACAGAGACUAUUUUCAUUGCUGAAUUUCUGUUUUAAACAGCUGAAAUGUGGCCUCUUUUGCCCAGUUGAAGUAGCUUUUCUGUAGCCCAAAGUGAGAAUAUCCGUGACCCAUGGCGAGCCUCAAACUAAGGCAAAAUUUAGAAAAAGCUGUACUUCAAAUGACUGGGUCCAGAGGCCGGUCUCCAUCCGUUCUGACUAACUUUUCUAGUGAUCCCACACAGGAAGUGAAAUUUCACAAGCUCCACACGUACGCUUCAAAGUGUGCCGAAUGGAAUUAGAUGCCUCAGCUGUAGAGGGUAAAGACUGGAUUUCAGAUGACACUUCUGAAAAUACCAUUUUAAAAGCAGCACUUAACACUGCCCGUUAGUCAGUACUGAGAGAGAGGGGGAAAAAAGCAGCUGCAAUAUUUUGGGUAAAAACAUUUUUACACAUUUUUGGCCUCUGCUGUCUGUUACAGGUGGAAUAAAGUUUUAUCUGUUAA